AUGACCAUCGCCUUCUGCCUCCAGACCCUCUUGUUCCUGGUGAUCAUAGUCGUGGGCUAUCAGUCGACUCAGCAGCAAGUCCAUCGAGCGAAACGUUUGUGCGGUCAAAUCAUCUACUCUCCUGUCCAAGACGAGAUAGAAUAUGAAGUCCGGGUGUUCUCACAAGGCUUCCAGCCACAGGUCACAGAAUAUUGGGGUCCGCCGACCGAGAAGACUAAUAAGCUAUGGAAAGACCUGUAUGAUUUCGGAGGAGGAGUCGCCCUCACCAGAGAAGAAGCAUCGCACCUUGCGAAUCAUACCUCGCAACUCGAACCAUACUACCCAGGAAAGUACUAUGCUGCAAUCGGCGUAAUGCAUCAACUUCACUGUCUGUACAACAUGCGAAUGGCAUUAUUCUCCAACAGAUCCAUGUACGACAACACGCGCAGCGAGGGCCUGCUCGACGAUACGCAUCUGUACCAUUGCGUUGAAAGUCUCCGCGAAGCACUCAUGUGUCACGGCGAUAUCUCGUAUGUGGUAAUGCAGUGGAACGAGGGACUUCAACGCAAUGUCCUCCAUGGGAACACCCCUCACAGCUGUCGGAAAUUUGACAAGAUUCGGGAAUGGGCCAGGCCACGUGGGAUUCGUAAGUUCAAUUGGGACCAGUUCAACAUGGACCCCACACUGGUGUUGGACGGGCCGAAGAUUCAAGUUUGA